AUGUCGUUGACGACUAGAGACCCCAACCGCCAGAGCACCGGAACCUGGGAGCUCCGCCCGUACCCACUCAGCCCCGGCCCCCAGUUUUCCUCGCCUACCCUAACAUACCCUACAAUCUACGGGGUUGCGCCGCCUUAUUUCUCUCCUGCUUCCAGGUCUAGAUAUACUAUAUUACCUUCAAGCGAUGGCACUUUCACGCACUCUCAUCUGUCUUCAGAAGCACUAUCAUCCAAGUUCCAAUUCUCCAAGAAUGUGAACGCUACCAGCACCUCUCUCUCGGCCAUGCAUCUUCAGACCAGUCUACGGGGUCAGACCCUCGCCCGGUUGCGAAUCGCCCUGGUCGUGGUUCCAAGCUCCUUAUUGUUUGGAUACAAUCAAUCCAACAUCGGAGGUGUUCUGGCUUUCAAAUCUUUCACUGAAACCUUUCCCCAAAUCGAUACCGUUCAUGUCGAGGGUCACGAAAAGGUGGAAAGGGCGCGGAUCCAGGGUACUGUUGUUGCAAUCUACUGUAUCGCCUGCCUCAUUGGAGCUAUAGGCACCGCCGUUGUUGGCAACCACCUCGGGCGGAGACUGACUCUCGUCUAUGCUUCAAUCGUCGCGGCAGUUGGUAUGGUGUUACAGGCGUCCUCCUUCGGUCUAGCACAGUUGAUUGUCGGGAGAAUCAUCACGGGGAUUGGUGUUGGAGCCACAAAUGCAACAGUGCCAGUCUGGCAGGCCGAAUCCUCGAAGCCCAAAAGCCGUGGCAAGAAUGUCGUCGUGCUUGGAAUCUUUGUCGCCUCGGGAAUCGCCAUUGCGAGCUGGAUCAACUUUGGCCUGUACACCAUUCAGCACGGAUCCAUAUCGUGGAGGCUUCCAUUGGCAAUUCCCAUCGUCUUCGCAGCCAUCCUCAUCGGCUGCACAUAUUUCUUCCCGGAGUCUCCUCGAUGGUUGGCACUGAAGGGCCGCAUGGAUGAAGCCGCGGCUGUCAUGCGCGUCCUCAACGACGGACAAAUGGACAGCCCAACCCUCGAGCGUGAGAUCGACAAUCUGCAGAGGGUCAUCGAGCAGGAGCGGGCUCGCGAGCGAGGAUGGAAGGACCUCUUCACGAUGGGCUCGGGGAAGAUGUUCUACCGUCUCAUGCUGGCCGUCGGCAUCAACGUCGCUGCACAGAUGACGGGCGCAAAUCUCAUCACGUAUUAUGCCACGACCAUAUUCAAGCAGUCCUUGAAGCUGCAUUCUCGAAUGGCUUCUUUGCUAUCGGCCGUUUUGUUGACCUGGAAGAUCCUUGCGGCCACCGUGGCUUUCAUCACCGUCGACCGCGUCGGCAGGAAGCCUCUCUUCCUCGCCGCCGUCUUGGGAAUGGGGAUAUCCAUGGCCUGCCUGGCGGGGACAGUCUCGGACAUAGAGUCGAAAGCCGCAACUGUGGCGGCGGUUUUCUUCCUUUUUGCCUACAUGGCCUUCUUCCCCUUGGGUUUUCUUGGAGCAAACUUUCUGCUUGCGGCAGAGAUCGGGCCUCAAGACCUCCGUGUGCACUUUGCGGCCUUUGGCACUGCAACCCAUUGGCUCUGCAACUUUGUCAUCGCCGAGAUCACACCGGUGGCAUUCAGCACCAUUGGUUGGCGGUAUUAUAUCGUCUAUGCUGUCAUCAAUUUUGCAUUUGUCCCCGCCAUCUACUUUCUGGUCCCGGAGACAAAGGCGCGAUCGCUCGAGGAGCUUGAGGAUCUCUUCACGAGUGCACGAGCUUGGUGGGAGAUACCGGUAGUGGCACGGAAUCAACUCCCAUCGAGUGAUCAUCUGAAGAUGCAAAGUGAUGGUGAACUACCAUCUACUAGUAAGGACGAACUUCAAGUUGCCCGUCACAUCGAAAUUCAAGAGAAGAAAGCUAAGGGCGUUGAAUCCUAG